CGCGCGGCGCGGGCCCGGGAGGGGCGCGGCGGGAGCGCUGGGGGAGGCGGGCGGAGGCGGCGGCCCCGGAGCCGGAGGGUGGACGCCGCCGGCGGCCGAGCGGGGUCAGUCCUCCGGCGGAGCUCGGCCCAUGUGGGAGCCGCCCGGCCCGGGUCCGCGGCCAGAAGUUUUUGGAGCCCUGAGGGAUAUAGCAGUCAAUAUUGUCUUAACAUGCUUCAAAUAAAUCAGACAUAAUCACUGCUUACAUUUUGGGGGUCUAUACUUCUAGAUUUUUUUCUGUGCAGCCUUUUUGUUUACAGCUUCUCUCCACGAUAAAAUGGCAAACCCCAAAGAGAAAACUCCAAUGUGUCUGGUAAAUGAGUUAGCCCGUUUCAAUAGAGUCCAACCCCAGUAUAAACUUCUGAAAGAAAGAGGGCCUGCUCAUUCGAAGAUGUUCUCAGUGCAGCUGAGUCUCGGCGAGCAGACCUGGGAGUCGGAAGGGAGCAGUAUAAAGAAGGCGCAACAAGCUGCCGCUAAGAAAGCACUCACGGAGUCUACACUUCCCAAACCGCUCCAGAAGCCACCCAAAAGUAAUGUCAACAAUAACCCAGGUAGUAUAACGCCAACUGUGGAACUGAAUGGGCUCGCUAUGAAAAGGGGAGAGCCUGCCAUCUACAGGCCGCUAGACCCAAAGCCCAUCCCAAAUUAUAGAGCUAAUUACAACUUUCGGGGCAUGUACAAUCAGAGAUAUCAUUGCCCUAUGCCCAAGAUCUUUUACGUUCAGCUGACUGUAGGAAAUAAUGAAUUUUUUGGGGAAGGAAAGACUCGACAAGCUGCUCGACACAACGCUGCCAUGAAAGCUCUUCAAGCCCUGCAGAAUGAGCCCAUCCCGGAGAAGUCCUCUCAGAAUGGCGAAUCAGGAAAAGAAAUGGAUGAUGACAAAGAUGCAAAUAAAUCUGAGAUCAGCUUAGUGUUUGAAAUUGCUCUGAAGCGAAAUAUGCCUGUCAGUUUUGAGGUAAUUAAAGAAAGCGGACCACCGCAUAUGAAGAGCUUUGUUACUCGAGUGUCAGUGGGAGAGUUCUCUGCAGAAGGAGAGGGAAAUAGUAAAAAACUCUCCAAGAAGCGCGCUGCUACUACGGUCUUACAGGAGCUCAGGAAACUUCCGCCUCUUCCUGUGGUUGAAAAGCCAAAACUAUUUUUUAAAAAACGCCCCAAAACAAUAGUCAAGGCUGGACCAGAGUAUGGUCAAGGAAUGAACCCCAUUAGUCGCCUGGCUCAGAUUCAGCAGGCCAAAAAGGAGAAGGAGCCAGAUUAUGUGCUGCUUUCGGAAAGAGGAAUGCCUCGACGUCGGGAAUUUGUCAUGCAGGUCAAGAUAGGCAAUGAAGUUGCUACUGGGACAGGACCCAAUAAAAAGAUAGCCAAAAAAAAUGCUGCAGAAGCAAUGCUAUUACAGCUUGGUUAUAAGGCAUCCACUAGUCUUCAGGAUCAGCUGGACAAGACAGGGGAAAACAAAGGAUGGAGUGGUGGUCCAAAAGCUGGGUUUCCUGAACCAACAAAUAACACUCCAAAAGGAAUUCUUCAUUUGUCUCCCGAUGUUUAUCAAGAGAUGGAAGCCAGCCGCCACAAAGUACUCUCUGGCACUACUCUAGGCUAUUUGUCACCCAAAGAUAUGAACCAACCCUCCAGCUCUUUCUUCAGUAUAUCUCCCGCACCGAAUAGCUCAGCCACAAUUGCCAGGGAACUCCUUAUGAAUGGAACGUCUCCUGCGGCUGAAGCCAUAGGUUUAAAAGGAAGUUCUCCUACUCCCCCUUGUUCUCCAGUACAGCCUUCAAAACAGCUGGAAUAUUUAGCAAGGAUUCAAGGCUUUCAGGUUCACUACUGUGAUAGACAAAAUGGCAAAGAGUGUGUGACCUGUCUGACACUAGCCCGUGUGCAGAUGACUUUCCAUGCUGUUGGAAGCUCCAUUGAAGCCAGCCAUGACCAGGCAGCUUUAAGUGCCUUGAAACAAUUUUCUGAACAAGGACUGGAUCCAAUGGAAGGCGCCAUGAAUAUUGAAAAGGGUUCUCUUGAAAAACAAGCCCCGCAUCUGGGGGAGAAUGCGGACACUAAGCAGGCACACCCGGGCCCCAUCGCUCAGGACUGCAAGAAAUCAAAGCCGGUCAUCUAGCAGCUCCCAGAACCCCAGCUGCCACCGCAUCCUUAUAAACCUGUCAGCACGCAUGAGGGUGUCUGUGUUCAAGGAAAUGAAUGACUAAUACCAUUAUUUGAGUCUUAUGUGAAGACAACACUAUUCUAACACAAGAGAUAAUAUACAUAGGACUGUUUAUUCAACUGGGGAAAAAUAAAACUCUGAGCUUUUUCCCUUGGAACUUGAGAUCAGAUCAUAACUCAUUUGCCCAGAGGCAGCCGAAAUCUGAUCCUGCUACUGGAGCUUAAAAUAACAAUUAAUGAAAAGUGUUAGAAACAGAGUUAAAAUUUUUCAAUGAUUAAUAGAGAACUUGGGUUUGGUUCUGUUGUUAUGAUUGUUUCCUCGUGGCACUUGUGUUUGGUUAUCUUCUCCCUCCUCUCUCUUUCUCUUUCCCCUUCCUCUUGUUUUAAAUAAUGCUUGAUGAUUCAAAAAAUUAACCAAGAUGUGCUGUGGAAUGUGAUGGUCGUUGUCUUCAUAUAGAGUCACAGUUUCUCUUUUUAUGCAGAUCUUUGUAAUCUUCAUCCUAUAUCAGUAUGAAUAACUUCAAGAUGCGCUACUCAAAAGACACAUCCAAACAAACAUGCUUGAAAUCAGGUCAGGUAUUUGAUGGAAAUAAGAAAUAAUGUCAGGCGCAACUAGUUUCAGUAUAUUCUGGGAAUUAAAAAAAAAAAAAGAAAAGAAAAAAAA